AUGGCUACGACCGACCUGUCUCGGGUUCAUCCAUUUAGGAGAGCUCAAACAAGUACAAAACCGAGGGAGAGGAAGAUGCGCAGAUCAUUCUUCUUCCUGCUGUGUGCAUCGGUCCUUUUGGCCGACGUCCUUCCGUGGGACGUCUCCGGCGCUGCUGCACGCUCGACCUGCAACGAGACGCAAGGCCGUGGAUGCCGAGUGGAGGAGGAAGAAGAAGACGUGGAGUUUGAGCUGGACUCGGAUAUCAACAGAAGGCUGCUUGCAGGCGGGAAUCGGUACAUUGUUAAUGGAGCUCUCGCCCCGGAUCGCGCAGUCUGUGGAAGCAGCAAUGGCAGGAGUUACAACUGCAACGGCAAGUCGGGUCAGACGGGCGGCGGAAGGGAGUGCGGUCGGGACUACUUCCGUUGCUGA